AUGAUAUUGGAUGUACUCAAAAACAAUUUUGAAAAAAAAGGGGAACCUUUUUAUAGCAACAAAAUGAGAACUAGUAUCGAAAAAGAAAAGAAGAAGAAGAAGAAGAAAAAAAAAAAAAAUUUCUCGUUGCAGGAUGAGAGCGAAAAGGAUACCACAAAGGUGGAGAUCACAGAUGAUGCAAAUUCACUAACCGAAAGUGAAGCACAUAGUAAAAGUCAAUCCCCAAGUGAUGGAAAGGACGAUAGUCCUCUUCAAAUUCAAAAGGGGAGAAAUGCCCCCCUAAAGACCAAGACAACCACGAUGACGAGGAAGAAGAAAAAGAAGAAGGAGAGAAAAAAAAAUGCAUCGAAAGGACUCUAUAUAAACGUAAAGAGGAAAAAUACAAACUAUGAAGAAAACGAACAGGAAGAGUUCACAGAGGACAUUUUUGAAAAUGAGAAUUUUGACGAGCUACAAUUUGUGGAGGACGAAAAUGUGGAAUACAAAACUUAUAAUUCCUUCUCCAAUGCCGGAUUAAAAUUGUUAAGUAAAUAUUCAGUCGAUGAUGGAAAGGGGGAAAUCAUCAAAACGGACAGAAAGAAAAAAAGACAGGGACGACAGGGGCAACAGGAACUACAACAAGGGGCACAAGAUAGAUACGACAAGUACAAUUUCAACCAUGAGGAACCGUUUAAGGGUAAUCACAAUGAGUUCGACUCGGACAUCAUCAAAUUUUUAAAUAGGAAUAAAAAGAGCAUUGAUUAUGACAAACGGAAUGGGCGCCCGUUUCAAAAAGAAGACGCCUAUUCUUAUGACACCAGUGGAGGCUAUGGUGGCAAGAGGGGGAAACCGAAACAAAUGCACGCUUCUCGGGAAGACAAGGAUAACUAUGAACAUUACCAGGAGGAGAACGCGGACUAUUAUGACCGAGAGGAGGAUGACGACCAAAGUGGUGGCAGCCAAAGUGGUGAUGAAGAGAGUAGUGAAGACUAUAAUACCAGCGAAGCGCAGUCUAAGUACGAACACAGCGGAGGUGUAAAUGGAAGCGGUAGAUUUAAAAGGGGUGGAUCACUGGGGCAGGAGGAAGAAGAGGGAGAAGAAGAGGAUGACGAAGAUGAAGACGAAGACCAAGAAGAUGAAGAAGAAGGGGAGGAAGGAGAUGAGGGCGAGGAUGAGGAUGAUGACGACGAUGAUGAAGAGGAUGACGGUGAGAAUGACCGCGACCCCUUUGAUCGGAAGGAGGAAACCAACAUGGAACACCCAAGCCGCAGAGCCCCCCUCGCAAGCGAGUACAAGUACCCAAACACCCCAGCGGGAGGACACAUCUAUUAUAAAAGGGAAGACAGUCAUUUUGAAAAUGAAGAGAACAUAUGGAACGCUACAAAACAUGACCCCAUGGAACGAAUAUAUGGAGAUGAAAAAAGGCAUGAAAUAAAACUUGGGCACCGGGGGAGCGGGAGGAAGGAAGAAAAUUCAAAAGUAGAAUACCCACAAAAAAUGCAAAAUAAAAAAUCUGUGAAUAUAAACGUAAGAGAAAGUAAUUUAAAAAAAAGUACCACGUCUUAUGGAAGGCAAUACAACAUGCAGAGGAGUACCAUGGAGGGAAAAUUAUCCUUGAGAAAUGCCCUGAACAUUGGGAACCCCAACCUCAGUAAGGACAAGUACAAAUUUAAUCUCCCUAAUGUGGAGGAAGAUAAGCUAAUUAAGUUUAAUAUAGGUACACACAAGAUCAACAACAGUAGGAGCAAGCCAAUGGACAAAGAUGAAAGGAUAAGUGCAUUCGACUACAUGCUUCAUUCGUCAAACCGGAGUGUGCACGCAGGGACCAAUGACUUUUUUUUAAAAAGAGGGGGGAGAGAAGAAGGAGCAGAAGAAGACUGCAAAGAUAGCCACUUGGGCCAAGCGGGACAAAUACACCAACCACUGAGGGAAGAAACGCAGAAAAGGGAGAAAAUGCAGAAGGAUCCCCAGGGGGAAGAGAAAAAGAAACAUAACAUCAAAAACUUCCUAGACAAAAUAAAGCACAGGAAAAACAACGAAGAUAUGCUUAAACGGGAACAGAGCAAAUAUGAUCAUGUGGAGAGGAGUGAAAAAAAGGACAAAUUCAAAAUGAAGUUCACGGACAUUCUGCAUGCCAGGACGCUGGGUAAUUUUUUCCAUCGUAACAAAAGUAUCGCCGCGAAGUCCUUAUCCCCGCAGCGAGAGAGGGACGCCAGCGUCGAGCCCUCUAUCAAGUCGAACGGCGUAGAGAAGUUCGGCUGGAUCCACCGAGGCAAGUCCGACCCGAGGCGCGACGACGACCAGCCGUCCAUGAUAAAAGACGAGAUGGCACAUUACAGCACAAAGGCCGCGGUCAAAAUUAUGGACACCUCUUCGAACGAAGGGGAAGACAUCAAUGACGGUUCUAUUAAGCAAAGUUUACGAAGGCCAUAUGACAACAGGGGAAAUAAUAACACACUGGAGUUUUCCUACGAAGGGGGCUCUUCGUCCAAAGAACCGAUGUCGCGCAAAGUGGCCCCAGUCACAUGGGAUGGAAAAAAAAACGUCAUGGGGAAGUCACCCGACAAGAACAAGAAGAACCCUAAAUCAGAGAACUCCAAAACGAACAACUCCAACGAUAUGAUGAGUGGAAAACACAGCAGGAAAUAUCACACAAGCAAGCACGACUUGGAUGAAGACACGAACAGAAAGGUUCAUGGAAAGGAGAGUAUUAUACCUAACAUAUAUCAACAACUCUAUUAUAGAAGCCCCCUUGGUCAUGAAAAAAAUAAAGUAGCUCAAUUUGAAGGUGAUCCAAAGAGGGGAAGACAAAUUACAUUACAGGGAGGAAACGGAAGGGAUGAGGAAUCAGAUGUUAAAAUGGAACAAACGUUAAACAGAAAAAUGAUCGAGAACAAUGAACUGAAGAAAAGACAUGAAAAUAAUGAUGAAGUGUUGGCGACCCCAUUUUAUAUAAAAAGCAAAAUUGAUAAGGUUCUAAAGAAUAGCGAAAUUUUUGAGCGAUCCGCAAGAGCCACCUUUCAGCAGUUCGAUGUGAAAAAUAAAAACUUCCUGCAUUUCAGCGAGAUCGAGUCAUUGAUUCAGAAGCUUUGCUUUAAUUUGGAGCUCCCCCCUGUGGAUAAGAACAUCCUGUCCAUCGUGUACAAAGACUACGACAGCAGCAAGAACAACAGCAUGAACUACACCGAUUUCAGACAGAUGUACUGGGACCUGUUGAAACAGAUCAAGAAAAAGUAUUACCCAACCAAAAAUUUAAAAAUAAAAAGAAAUUGUAUAAUCAGCAGGAAGAAGCUGGGAGGGUACGAUUAUUCCUCGAUAUACAAUUACCUGAGUUUUAAAAAAAUUCUUGGAUGUGGUGCCUUUGGAGAAGUACACCUUGUGGAAGACAAUAUUUGUAAACUGUACAAAGUGGUGAAAAUAUUAAAAAAAAAAAAAUUAAAAAAUAUAAAAAUUAACGAAGAAAUUAAUGUGCUCAUAUAUCUAGAUCAUCCAAACAUUAUAAAAAUAUUUGACGUUUACGAAAAUGUGGAUUGCACGUACAUUGUCAUGGAGCUUUGUGAAGGAGGGGAACUUAUGGACAAAAUAAUCAAGUCUUCAAUUUUCAAUGAAGAAUAUAUAAAAAAUAUUAUGUUUCAAAUUUUGUGUGCCAUAGCUUAUAUGCAUAGCAACAACAUUGCUCAUAAGGACUUGAAGCCGGAGAAUAUUCUGUUCAAAUCGAAAGGAGAUGAUACAUUAAAGAUCAUUGAUUUUGGACUAGCUGAAUUGAUUAAUCACACAGAGGGAGUUAGCAAAACUGCUGCAGGGACUGUCCUCUACAUGGCACCUGAAGUUUUUAAAAAAAAAUUUACCAUCAAAUGUGAUAUAUGGUCAGCUGGAGUUAUUAUGUUUUUUUUGUUCUCCAAGAAUUUGCCCUUUUGUGGGAACACCUACGACGAGAUCAAACUCAGCAUAUUCAAGGACGAGCCUGACUACAAGAGCUUGAAGGGCCGGCUGUCUCAGCCCGCGUUGCACAUCUUGAAGCUUAUGCUGGAGAAGGACCACACACGGCGCCCCAUGGCGGCAGUGCUCCUGCACCACCCAUGGUUUCAGGGCUUCCUAGACCCAGUGCAAAUCAACCCUAGCACUCUCAGCAACAUAAAGGCCUACAUGAAGCAAUCCAACAUCAGGAACAUCAUAGUAAACAUAAUGGCCCACGAGCUCAGCGUAAUAGAUAGCCACUUAAAGUACAUCAAUGAGCUCUUCUGCAAAAUAGACACCAAUCACAACGGUUCGCUGAGUCAUGGGGAAAUUUAUACCGUGCUGGCCAAUGCGGGUAUCAAGAAGUGGGACAUCAACCGAAUCGUGCAGGCACUGGACAUCAACGACCGCGGCAGCGUGACCUACACAGAGUUCAUCGCCGGAUGCUACCGAUGGAAGGACAUAGAAUCCACUUUCUUAAAGGCGGCCUUCAAUAAGAUCGACAAGGACGAAGAUGGCUACAUCAGCAAAAGCGACAUAGUAACUCUCGUCCAGGACAAGGUCAUCGAGAGUCACGACGUGGACAACUUUUUCACUUCCGUGUUCCUUGUGAAGAAGGGCUUAUCUUGCGAGCGCCGCGCGAACAGGAUAAACUUCGAAGAUUUUAAAGAGUACCUUUUAAGCACGUUUUAG